CCAUUCACAUUCUAUGUACAAUCUUUUCAGUACUUUCCCCCCAGAUUUGCCCGAUUGGUAUCUCACUUGACUAAUCAAGAAACUUAUCUGGAGGACUCAAGUGGUCAGAAAUGGAAGGUGGGAAUACGUAUUCAUAAGGGUUCGCUUGCAAUUAGAGAGGGAUGGCAUGCAUUUUCAUCAGAACAUGGUCUGAAAAUUGGGGACUUCUUGGUUUUCCACUAUAUUCAGGGACAGCACUUUAUUGUUCAAAUAUUUGGAACAAGUGGUUGUCAAAAGAUCAGCUUUGACAAUGGCACUCGCACAGGGAAGAAAAGGCGAAGAACUAAUUGUAAAGCAACUUCCCAAGAUGAGCUGCUACCGGAAAUUGACAUAAAUUCAAGAAAAAAGUGGAAUUCAACACACUCAGAUACAGCUGUACCAGAGUCUGAAAUGGCUGAUCACGAGGCAGUGACCACAACUUUUGCAUCAACCAUAGAUGCUGACACUGGAAUCCUAGAAAUAGUUCACGAAGCAGAAGCAAUCAGCAAUAUUCUACAAGGUGAAGAUGGACCUCGUAAUCAUGUUAGCACCAAUUCAAUAUCACAAAGGGAGUCAAGUUUAGUAGAUGAGGUUCCUGUUGAGAUGGAGCUCUUAAGCUUUCAAGCACCUGUGCACUUCCUUGACAUUGGAAUCACUCAGACUGAAAAAAUUUCUGAACCAGUGAACGAUAUUUUACUUUUGGGCCAAAAAGAUGAAAAUGUCCAUAAUAUGGGUCUUAUCUCUAGCACGUCUUCAGCUGAAAAAAGUGGUAGUCAUUUGGUCUUGCCAUCUAAUAAAGAAAGUCGCUGCAGCAAUCAAGCUACCAGAGAGAAAUCCAAUAAAGCAUCUCAUAUUGAUAAGAGAGAACUGAAGGAGAUGGCAGCGAAAACAGAUUGCUCUGCUGAAAAGCUAAAUGGAAAAGAGCCAAAAUUAAUAGAGAAAGAUGGUCAAGGUUUUCUAAGGGCUGUAAGUGGUAAUAACAAAGUUAUCAAAAGUGAGCCUGCUGAUUCAGGAGAUACAUCAUUUCCUGAUGCUGGCAACUUCUCAUGUUUGCUACGGGUGGAUGGUCGAAAUUUUCUGGAAUUACCACAAAGCUGGCCGCAAGUUCUGACAGGCAGGAAAAAGCUGGAACAUAGUACUAUUUAUCUCCAAGGACCAGAUGAUAGACCCUGGCCUGUCACCUAUCAUGAGAGAGCAGGUACUAAGGUUUUGGCGAGUCGCUGGGCAUUAUUUACCGCAGCAUAUGGCAUUAAGCCGGGGGAUGAAUGUCGAUUCCAAGUUUUAAAUCUGUCAGAACGUAGAUUUAAGGUACACAUAGGCCACAAGUUAAGAUGUUACUCAAACUAGUUUGAGUUGAUUAUUCUGAGCAGUUGUGAGAAGAAUGUGAUUGGAGUUAUGGGGAGAUAGAGUUUACUUAAUGGUUUUUAUACAUUCAUUUGAUUUAAGAAAAUCUAUAGUGGAUUUAUAUGUUGUGCUGAUACUUUGGUUUAGCAGCAAUGAGAUGUUAUGGAUGCUGACUGUUGAAUAAGUUUUCAUGUAUCAAAGGUAUUUUUUCCCGGA